AUGAAGCCAUUACUGUUUGGUACUCCGUACAGCUGUGCGGUCUUCGUUUUUGUAUAUUGUCUUAUUUCUCUUUUUAUUUGGUUCAUGUAUACGGAUAACUUAUCAAGCGCCAUAGUUGACUUUGAGUUCUAUACAAUUGAAAACCUAGGCGAUCACGGAAAAGAGGCCCAUUUGCAAUUGACGAAGAAGGAUUUUGUGAACGCUGAGGAACAGUAUGCCAGAUAUCAUUACAAUGCUUGGCUCUCCGAAAGAAUCCCGCUGAAACGAACUCUAGAAGACUAUAGGGAUGAGGAAUGUGUGAAUAUCACCUAUUCUUCGGAGAAAAGGGUUACUGUUAGCAUUAUUAUAGCAUAUCAACUGGAGCAUCCACACACUCUCCUGAGGACCAUCUACAGUGUUAUAGAGCAAACAUCAUCUUAUGUGGACACAGAGAUAAUACUGGUUCACGAUGGAUUUGCCGAUAGAGAUGUGUUUGCGUAUAUUUCGCAAAAGCUUCCCGUAGUUAUACAGCUGGAAGUCGGAGAAUUAAGCGGACUCAUUCAGGCUCGUUUGACUGGAGCUAGAAUAGCAGCUGGAGAUAUUCUCGUAUUUCUUAACGCUCACAUGGAGGUCACGAAGGGUUGGCUUCCUCCUUUACUGGAACCCAUCUUGUUGAACAACCAUACCGUCACCGAGCCCAUUAUGGAUGUCAUUUCUAGAGAGACCUUUGCCUACCAGAAACUGACAGAGCCUGAGCAACUGGCAUUCAAUUGGCAGUUAGAGCACAUCGUAAUACCCUUGGAUCAGAUCUCCUGGAAUAACUUUCCCAAGCCAUAUGCAUCCGCCCAACUGGAGGGACGGGUUUUUGCAAUAGAUCGCAAUUGGUUCUGGCACCUUGGGGGAUGGGAUGAGGGCCUCCAGGACAAUGGGGGCGAUGUCCUGGAACUCAGCCUAAAAGUGUGGCAGUGUGGUGGGAGCAUCCUCACUGUUCCCUGUUCACGAGUCGGCAUCAUCUACAAGCGGGAUGAGAUAGAGGCUCAAAAGGCUCCGAAUAAAAAUCCAAGCUUACAAAUCAGAAAGAACUUUAAGCGGGUUGUUGAUGUCUGGUUCGACGAAUUUAAGCUCCAUUUCUAUCGCUACAAUCCAAGGCUGGGAAAUCUUACGACAGAAUCGCUGGAUAAACCGCGAGAUCUUCGUCGCCGCCUCAAUUGCAAAUCCUUCGGAUGGUACAGAAGCCAAAUUGCGCCGCUUCUAAGGAAUCACUUUCUUCAUGCCGGACUUCCCAACUAUGGGGUCGGUCAAAUAAUGCCCUUUGUGGCGCCACAUUAUUGCCUAUCUAUCAAGGGAGGAUUUCCUAUCAUGAGGAAAUGCAAUUCUACUAACUUCGAAGACUGGACGCUCACGUCUCGCUGCCAACUAAAACUAGGUAAAAUGUGUCUGGAUGUGGACUCCAAAAGCCAAGUGAAGGUUUUGAGGUGCACUAAAAAGGUACCGAUAAAUCCCUGGCAAUAUAGUUAUCAGCACAGGACAUUUGUUAGCAAUGGAAACAAAUGUCUCCAAAUUGAUGUUACGAAAGUGGGUCUUAUUGUGAAUACUUGUGACUCUGAUCUGACGGAACAACGUUGGAUGUUCACUGGAGUGCAGGACUCAACACUAGAUCAUGUCAUGAGCUCUUGUUUAAAUACAAACCAUUUAAUUUUUGGAACAUCUUAUUAAUAAGUUUCAAGAGUUGCAUUCUUAAAAAAAUAUUUCUAAGCUUUACAUAUAAUUUU